AUGAACAACUCCAAUCUUAUAAAUGCAGUGACCUUGGCCAACUUGCCUGAUGACUGCUUAAUGGAAAUAUUCAAGUGUUUACCCCGAUUUGAGGAACGGCUAAAAGUAGGACGGGUAUUCAUAUUCUUUUUAACCCUGUUUAAAGUGUCCAAGAAAUGGAAUCGAGUCGUCAGACUCUCUUGUGCUGACAGCCGGGAAGUUGUCGUAGAACCACCAGAGUAUUUCCUAAGACAUCUGCAAACCAUUAUUGUACAAGGCCAGAUUGUCAGAAUAAAAACAGGAGCCAAUGCGAUGGUUAAGGGGGUGAUUGGUCUCUGCGGUCCUUGGCUGAUCAAGUUAAGCGAUUUGCGUCAUCACAAAAGGACAACAACCAUUUUAGAGGCAUCAAGAAAAUGCCGACAAUUGGAGGAGAUCAAGGUGAAGACUCACACUCCGGUGCAGGACAGAAGAUGGCGGGAUUUAGGGAUGGUUAACCAGAGUUCACAUCAGUUAUCCGUGGAAAUAUAUAUAAAGGGAAUAAACACCUGGUUCGAGAGAUUGAAUGGCCCAUCGCUGCAGAGACUGCGAAUUUUCACUGAAGAUGUCAAUGAGGGAGACAUGCUCGACGGUUUGGCAACGAAAAUGGUGGAACUGGUGAACCUUGAGGGAUUUUCGAUAAAUAUCGUCAAUGAUCUCUUGCUCCGGAGCUUUACAACUAUUACAACACUGGAGACUGUGGAAAUUUGUAGAGCUCAGCGUGUAAUGAAGCUAUCAGAAGAGGGGCUCAAUAGCAUUUUAAAUCUGAAGAACUUGAGGAGUCUCUCUAUUAACAGUGCGAAUAGCCCUUAACGGUGGUGCACUGACACUUUCAUGGGGAUAUUGGUCGAGGCGUGUCCCCGAAUUGAGCGCUUGACCCUUACAGGCAACCUCCAC